GUCGGCCGUCUGCUGUGAGGGAGCCCGGACGCACAAGCAAGCUGAAGGCGUCGACCAGCUGACAUCUGACGACCAGUAAGUGUUUACGUCAAAGAACUCAUGUGAAGCUGAAGCAGAGAGUGUGUGUGUGCGUGUGUGUGUGUGUGUGUGUGUGUGUGUGUGCUGAACGCUGAGCACUCCCAGAUGUCUGCAGCCCUCCAGAUGUUUCUGUGUUGAAGCGUUUUAUGAACACUUCGUCACGCGGUCUCGCUCACAACGUUCAGUCCGUCGGUUCGUCUACGAGAACACGAUCAACGUCCGGAGGUUCGGAUGAGCAGAAAAACAACGACAUGGUCAUUGAAGCUUUAUUCUGGGAACAGAUCUCAGAUCUCAUUUAUGACGACGUCGUGGACAUUUAUUAAAAGUAGUCUUGGACGUUUAAUGUGUCGCUCAGUUUUAAGAACUAGAUACCCAGAUGUAUCAUUAUCGUAUUAUAAUUAAUUAUAGUACUAGUAGCAGUCGUGGGAGUAGUACAUAUGUGUCAUCUUUAAUGAGAACAUCCACACAAUCAGAAACACUUAGGUGAACCUUGGCAGGAAUUCCCACAGUGAGUGGUUGCGUAAUUAGGAGAUCUGGAAGUUGCGCAAGUCUUGGAUCGGCGUCUGUCCGCUUGCUGGCGAUCCUUUGUGGGAAGCCUUGUCGUGGUUGCGUCUACAUGUCUUUGAAUGCAUCUACUGAAACAGGAAGUCUUUGAUUUGAGUUCAUCUUAAUGAUUGGGAUUGUGGCAGCAACUCAUAUUCAUGAGCCAUGUGCACUCUGUGUAUGUGCAGGCUAUGUAGUAGAAGACGCUUCGUUGCCUAAAGCGAUCUAAACUAAGCUGAAAAGAAUAAUAAUAUAAUAAUAAUAUCAAAGUCAGAGGGUAAUAAUAUGCUUCACUCUUGGAUUAAAGUCUUACAUUUGACCCAUUCAUCCACCAUAACUGUAACUGUUACUAUUAAAUAAAAGCUUUUCGCCGAGCUAACUGUUGCUAAUAAAGUAGCAUAUUCAUCCUUAUUGGGUGUUAAUUGUCUUAUAGCUGCCAUGCGACUGUUUUCAUCUGGGUGCAAAUAGAAACUCUGCUUCAAAAAAGGGUUUAUAUUUAUUGAUGUAUGUGUUUAUUUGGCCGGGACAACGCCCACCAAUCAACAGGAGAACUGUAAGCGACCAGGAGAAGCUCAUUUUCUGUUCCCGGACAGAUUUUUGAAGGCGAAGGUAUAGAAGUUAUCCAUUUGCUUCCUCUGAAGAGCCUCAGGUAUCUGUUAAGACACCGAGGGUGAAUCAGCUUGGGUUUCUUAACAGCAUCAAUGUUGUUGUUGUUGUUGUUUCACCUUCUUUCAUCUCAAUUGAGUCGAACGGGAUGGCAUGCAUCUGGAGGUACCACUGAUGUUGAUGGAGUCUGUCACCUGGAGGAUGUCUCUCAAAGAUCUUACAGAUGAAUCUCUUUCAGAGAUGUACCAACCGACCUCGGCGGCACUUGCGGUGCUGCUCUGCUCUUCACUCUUGGUGAAUGGAGGUAAAGUCCUGGUGUUCCCCGUGGAUGGAAGCCACUGGAUCAACAUGAGAGUCCUCGUGGAGGAGCUUCACACCAGAGGCCACGAAAUCACAGUGAUGCGUCCGUCAGACAGCUGGUACAUCAAGCCAGAGUCCCCCCACUACAAGUCCAUCACAGUCAACUCCUCUACUGGUUUUGACGAAAAAGGCUUUGGGUUAUUUGUAGACAGAAUGAUGAGCAUGCGGCGCAAUGGAGCUUCGCUUUGGGAUCGUAUAUCUCUGGAAUUGGAACUGCUGGAACAGUUCUACGAGAUGAAUAAGCAGCUGAUUCAGAUGAUGGAGGAGAUCUUUGAGGAUACCAAACUGAUGCAAAGCCUCCGCGAUGCCAAAUAUGACUUGUUUCUCACAGACCCUGCGAUUGGUGGAGGGGCACUUCUGUGUCACCGUUUGGGUCUUCCACUUGUCUUUAAUGUGAGGUGGACUAUUCAGGGUGAAGGGCAUCAAGCAAUCACACCUUCCCCAUUCUCUUAUGUCCCAAUACCCGGGGCAGAGCUGACCGACAAGAUGACCUUUCCCGAGCGGAUCAAAAACAUACUUUAUUAUUUCUUUACUGUUUUUCAAGUUUGGUACGUCACAGAUUCCAACUUCAAACCAUUCGUCCAUCGUUACUUUGGAAAGGAUGUCCAUUACAUGGAGCUGUUUCAGGCAGCAGACAUCUGGCUGAUGAGGAACGAUUUCACCUUUGAGUUCCCACGACCCACAAUGCCAAACAUCGUCUACAUGUCCGGAUUUCAGUGCAAACACUCCAAGCCCCUGUCUCAGGAACUAGAGGCCUUUGUCCAGAGCUCUGGUGAACACGGCGUCAUCAUUAUGACGUUGGGAAGCCUUGUGGGAAAACUUCCCGAGGACAUCACCGAGGACAUUGCUGCUGCUUUCGCCCAACUUCCUCAGAAAGUGAUCUGGAGGCACAAAGGCAAAAGACCAUCCGGCCUCGGCAACAACACCUUACUCUUGGACUGGCUGCCUCAAAACGACCUCCUGGGUCACCCAAAGACCAGAGUGUUUGUGGCCCACGGAGGUACCAACGGAAUCCAGGAGGCCAUCUACCACGGCGUCCCUCUGGUCGGCCUGCCCCUCAUGUUCGACCAGCCGGACAACUUCUUCAGGAUGAAAGCAAGAGGUGUGGCCAAAGUUCUAGACAUCGCAACUGUGAACAAAGACAACUUCCUGGAGGCUCUGAAGGAGGUACUCUACGAUCCAACCUACAGGGAUAAGAUGAAGGUGCUGUCCAACCUGCAUAGAGACCAGCCCAUGAAACCAAUGGACCGGGCCAUGUUCUGGAUCGAGUUCGUCAUGAGGCACAAAGGAGCGGCACAUCUAAGGACGGAGUCCUACAAGAUGUCUAAGAUCCAGUACUACUCGAUUGAUGUGGUGGCGUUUCUAAUGGCAGUUGUUUUGCUCGUUUUGACCGUUUUUGUUUCUGCGGUUACAUUUUUGUGGCGAAGAGUGUUUUCUGGAAGCAAAAUCAAAAAGGAAUGAAGAAUAUGUCGCUAGAUAGUCAACUGGAUUCUUGAUCUGUCUUACGUUGGUAACCUAACACAUCUCAGUGUGCACCUUCACUCACAAACCUCCUUUUAUCUGAUUACUUCAGCCAAAGAAGUCAUGUUUACAUUGUUUGUUUGUUCGUUUGUGUGUUCGUCGGAUAGCAGAAUACCUCAGAAAUAAAUAUCAUUUGGUGUUAGGUUGGACCUUAAGUCAGCGAUCAGUUUUCACUGCAUAUCCAGGAAUAUUUUUUAAUGAUUUCUUCUACGUUUUUUGAAAAAAUAAAUACUAAAUCUCAAUAACUAGUGCACUUAUUUGAAUUAAAUGAAAUAAGAAAAAAAACUUGCAUCUUGAGAUUGUUUAUCCCUGUGGAUGGUCAAUGAUUAAAUAUUGUUCGUAAUGUUUAGUGAUGAUGUGUUGUUCAGUAAAUCGUUCUACAAAUUCAUGUUUUCAAAAUUAUUAUUUCAAGCCGUGAAUUAAAAGUACCAACAUUAUGUAUUGAUUGAUUGUUUAUUUGCUUCACAAAGAAUUGGUAAUUUUGUAUGUACUUUUGCUCACCCAAAGACCGGAGUGUUUGGACUACAGGAGGCCAUCGACCAGACCAUAAUCCCCCAGACCAUAAUCCCCCAGACCAUAAUCUUGCAAGCCCGUCAAUUAUUUCUCAUUCAUCAGCCAAUCACACGCAUGCUCACUCAUUAUUCACUUGCUGUCAU